AUGCCGUCAGUGAGUGGGUUUGACGUGGCCCGGGGUGUAGGGUCAGGGUCGCUGCAGCAGCAACAACAGCCACAACAGCCACAACAGCCACAACAGCCGCAACAGCCGCAACAGCCGCAACAGCCACAACAGCCACAACAGCCGCAGCAGCCGCAGCAGCAGCAGCAGCAGCAGCAGCAGCAGCAGCAGCAGCAGCAGCAGCAGCAGCAGCAGCAGCAGCAGCAGCAGCAGCAGCAGCAGCAGCAGCAGCAGCAGCAGCAGCAGCAGCAGCAGCAGCAGCAGCAGCAGCAGCAAUGGCAGCAAUCAACACAGUUCACACCUUCCCAGCAGCAGAUGAGGCCUCCCCAACAGCAAGAAACACCUCCUCAACAGCGCAGGUGCAAUGACUUUGCCUUGAUUAAACGCUCUUCACUGGGCAACGGUCGUCUUCCUACUCUCCCUCCGUUCCUCCCUCCAUACCUCCACAUUCAGCCCCCUUUUGCCCUCUCCUGGCUGCAAAUCCCCCUCGUCCUCCCCCACUCCCCCCCCGCCUCCUUCCCCCGCUCAUCCCCUCCCCCUUCCCCCCCUUUCCUCUCUUCCCUCUCACGCACACGUGCACAAGCAGCACUGCACUUCUUCUCGGCGGCUCAUGAACGCCCAGGGCGUGCCUUUCUCCACGGACGAGCUGCUGCUGCUGCUGCUGCUGCUGCUGCUGCUGCCUUGAGUCAGGCUAGUCAACAGCCUAAACCCUCCCUCCCUUCACCCGUACCGCCCCAUCACAGGCGGCUGGUUAAUGCUCAGGGCGUGCCGCUCUCGACAGACGAGCUGCUGCAGCGACUGGCGUCCCCCUCGGACCUGCAGGCCACCAUCGCCGCCCUGCAGGGGCCGCUGGGCCACGUUGACCUCGCUGCCCUCUCCUCCUCCGCUGCUGCCCUCGCUGCUGCUAUCCUCGGGAACCUUCAGAUACCUCUUCCUCCUCCUGCUGCUGCUGCUGCUGCCACGAGUGGUGCUGGUAAUCCCACUGCUGCUGCUGCUGCUGCCAGUCCUGGUGGCUCCAUGGGAAAGAAAGUAGCUCAAAGCCCCACCAGCAGCACCACCCCCCACUCCACCCCUCUCUCCCCCUCCUCAGCCUCCCCCACCCCCACUCCCUCCCAUUCCGAUGCUCCCUUCCACCAUCCCCAUCUGCACCAACCGCACAUCACCCAUUCCCACCGCGCGUCCCACUCCAACCCUCCUCCCGGUGUUGCCGCUGCCGCUGCCGCUGCUGUUGCUGCAGCAGCCGCUGCUGGUGGUGGUGGUGGUAGGCUGCCUGUCCUUGCUUUAGCCUCCCCAGGUGCACCUUCCCCAGGUGCACCUUCCCCCACUGCAGCAGGUGUACCUUCUCCAGAUAGCCCUCUCGCCUCCCCCAGUCUACUCGUCACUCCUGCCAGCCUGUCUCCCUUGGGGGAGGCUCGGCUGCUAAAUUCCGGGAUUGGAUUCGAGGCGAGUCAGAGUCUGAAUGGAGGAUGCACAGGAGCAGGGGGCGUGGGAAGUGGUAGUGGUGCCUCUGCUGCUGCUGCUGCUGCUGGUGUUUCUGGGGGUGCUGCUGCUGCAUUAGCAGGGGUGAAGAGAAGCGCUAGUGCCAUGUCUUCUGACAGUCCCACAGCAGCACAGCAGCAGCUACAGCAGGCGCGGAGGGGUGGGUCUGGCCCUUUGGACCACUACCCCUGUGACGGGCCGUCCCUCGCUAGAACCGGCUCUCUCACUCCCUCUGGCGCUUUUGAGUCGACUCAAAAGCAGCAGGCGAGGAGGGGUGGGUCUGGCCCGUUGGACCACUACCCCUGUGACGGCAGGCCGUCCCUCGCUAGAACCGGCUCCCUCACUCCCUCUGGCGCCCACACCCCCUCGGCCUGCCUCACUCCCACUGUGCCCCAGUCUCCGUUUGGCGACUCCUCACGGCAACACAGAGUGGAGCGACAACGCAAAAUGGCGGAGGCCAAGGGGCGCACGGGGGGUGCUGCAGGUGCCGGGUUGGCAUCGCCAGAUGUGGCCAGCUUGAAGCGCAAGUGUGAGACUCUUGAAACGGAGAACCGGAGCCUCAAGACGUUCCAGAGCUUCAUGAACAGGAAGGACUCAGAGCAAACAACGCGGAUAGAGCAGCUGGAGCAGGAGAACGCCCAGCUGCGAGCAGAGAACGAGAGGCUCAGGGAGGAGCUUGCUGCUGCUCGACAGACAGGAAUGGCCAUACCAAGCCUGCCCACCAUGCACGCUGCUGGGAUGGCGCAGCCAUGA